CUACAGUUGAUCUAAACCCGUGUUAGAUAUAAUUUGUAGAAAUGGGGCGAAAAGUCACAGUGGCGGUGACCACGCUAAACCAAUGGGCGCUGGACUUCGAGGGCAAUUUGAACAGGAUCUUGCAGUCCAUACAGGAGGCCAAAGAGUUAGGGGCUCUGUAUCGCACGGGACCUGAGUUGGAAAUAUGUGGAUACAGUUGUGAGGACCAUUUCUACGAGCCGGACACUUACCUUCACAGUUGGCAAGUUCUUGCUGAACUCCUCAAAUCACCGACAUGCAAAGACAUGCUCAUAGAUGUAGGUAUGCCUGUCCAGCACAGAAAUGUUCUGUACAACUGUCGAGUAGCAUUUUUAAACAAGAAGAUAUUGCUGAUCAGACCAAAGAUGUUGCUAUGCGAAGAUGGAAACUAUAGGGAGAGUCGGUGGUUUUCAGGUUGGACCAAAGAGCGACAGACUGAAGAAUACUAUUUGCCUAGGAUGAUAACGGCAAUAACUGAACAGACGACAGUUCCUAUUGGUGAUGCAGUCAUUGCGACGAAAGAUACGUGCAUAGGUUUUGAAAUAUGCGAAGAAUUGUGGAAUCCACAGAGCCGCCACAUUCCUCUCAGUUUGGAUGGUGUGGAGAUCAUAUCCAAUGGCUCCGGAAGCUACAUGGAGCUACGAAAGGCCUACGUGACCGUAGACCUGGUCAAAAGCGCUACGUUCAAGAGCGGGGGCGCUUAUUUGUUCAGUAACCUUAGAGGGUGCGAUGGACAGAGGAUUUACUUUAAUGGAUGUUCCUGUGUGGCUGUGAAUGGGGAUAUCGUUAGUAGAGGACAGCAGUUUGCGUUGCACGAUGUGGAAGUAAUAACAGCUACAAUUGAUCUCGAGGAUAUUCGCUCCUAUCGAACUAAGAUUCGGUCUCGGUCUCACUUGGCGGCCUCGAACCCACCUUUCCCUCGCAUCACCGUGGACUUCGCGCUGUCAGACGACGAGGAUGUGCAUCUUACUAUCAGUCCACCUAUAGAAUGGCAGUACUUGACCCCUGAAGAAGAAAUUGAACUAGGUCCCGCUUGUUGGCUGUGGGAUUAUCUACGCAGAUCUGGUCAAGGAGGAUUCUUUCUGCCGUUAAGUGGAGGCGUUGACUCCACUAGCACGGCUUGUAUCGUGUUCUCUAUGUGCACGCAGAUAUGUGACGCUAUCCAGAAAGGAGAGAGUCAAGUUUUGUACGACGUCCGCAAAAUUCUCUGUCAGUCGGACUACACGCCUUCUGAUCCUAUGGAACUCUGUAACAGACUGCUGGUUACGUGUUACAUGGCUACAGAGAAUUCUAGCCAAGAAACCAAACAACGUGCCUCACAGCUUGCCAGCCAAAUCGGUAGCUAUCACUUUCCGAUUUUGAUCGAUGCAGCUGUAAGCGCUGUUAUUGGAAUAUUCACAGCGGCUACCGGUUUCAUACCAAAGUUUAGAGCCAAUGGAGGUUGCCCAAGGCAGAAUUUAGCUUUACAAAAUAUUCAGGCUCGUCUCCGUAUGGUCCUAUCAUACCUAUUCGCACAACUCAUGUUGUGGGUCCGCGGUCGACCAGGCGGCCUGCUAGUCUUGGGCUCAUCAAACGUGGACGAAGCGUUACGCGGAUACAUGACGAAGUACGACUGCUCAAGUGCUGAUGUAAACCCUAUUGGAGGGAUAUCGAAGACAGAUUUGAAGGCGUUCUUGCAAUAUGCUAAGAACAGAUUCUUCCUUCCAUCUCUAUCGGAGAUCCUACAAGCCCCGCCCACAGCUGAGCUGGAGCCACUCACAGACGGCCAAAUAACACAGACAGAUGAACAAGACAUGGGUAUGACGUAUGCUGAGCUGUCAGAGUUCGGAAGACUAAGGAAGACACAGAAUUGUGGACCAUACAGCAUGUUCCAGAAACUCGUUCAUUCAUGGAGCGAUAAGUGCACGCCUCAUGAGGUGGCAGAAAAAGUGAAACAUUUCUUCCGUUGUUACGCAAUAAAUCGCCACAAGAUGACGGUACUCACACCGUCAUACCACGCCGAGACCUACAGCCCUGACGACAAUCGCUUCGACCACCGCCCAUUCCUCUACCGAGUGCAUUGGAACUGGCAGUUCAAAGCAAUCGACGACGCCGUGGCACAGAUGACGAAAGACAAGCGUGGGUCCAGUGAUCGUCAAGUGGACUCCAAUCAGCUGAGCGCGUCAACUACAAACGUCAAUUCACACUUUAUGCGUGGCGAUAGGAAGGGUGUACUAAUUUAAAUGUAUUUUUUUGUUAUUCUUCAAGGUAGUGUAACAAAAAAAUGUAUUUAAAUGAGUACACUCUUCACGCAAAAUCUGGUUAAAAUAUUGAGUUCAAAUCUUCUGCUUUCCCAGUGUUACUAAACGAAACAAAAGACACCAAUUUCUUUUUCAACGAAA